AUGGCCUCCCGUAACGGUUCUCUGAUCCCUCGUCUUGGCUACGCGAAUUAUUCCUCAGUGAGGGAGGAGCAACCGUCGUUGCUACCCUCACCGGCGACAAUUCCGCGGCUGCACCAGCGACACCAAUCUGAACAACGACGGGGAGAAUUUCCGGCGGUGAUCAGAACCGAGACCAUCAAUAAGGAAUUCACGAUCGGGCAAUCUAAACAUCCGCAAUUUUUGAAAUCCAUCGACGAAUUAACCGCGUUUUCAGCUGCAGUUGACGCCUUUAAACGCCAGUACGAUGACCUGCAGAAGCACAUGGAUUACAUCGAGAACGCAAUUGAAUCCAAACUCAAGAGUAACGGCAUUGAAAUCGCCGCCGCCUCGUCCUCCUUCCACUCGCAGUCGUCACCUCCGCGGAACGUAGUUCCUGCCGCGGUUGUGUGCCAAUCGCCUAAAGAGACGACUGAGACAGUACCGGAGAUGUCGAAUAAGCCGGAGGGGCAACGAUUGUGCAGCAAGGGCCUGCGCAAAUACAUCUACUCGAACAUCUCCGACCGAGCUAAGCUAAUGAAAGAGAUUCCGGAAGCUUUGAAAUUAGCGAAGGAGCCAGCGAAGUUCGUGUUGGAAUGCAUCGGGAAGUUUUACUUACAAGGGCGCAAAGCAUUCGCCAAUAAUAAUUCGCCUAUGAUCCCUGCGAGGAAAGCUUCACUUCUCAUCCUCGAGUGUUUUCUUCUAAUGCUUGAUCCUGGUGAAGAGAAGAACCUCAAGUUUAAGAUUGAGAGCUCUGUAAAAGACGAGGCCGACGCGGCUGCUUUUGCUUGGAAGAGGAGACUGAUGAAUGAAGGAGGAUUAGCUGCGGCGGAGGCAAUCGACGCAAGGGGUUUGCUUCUGCUAAUUGCUUGUUUUGGUGUUCCUUCAAGCUUUGGGAAUACGGAUUUGCUGGAUUUGGUAAGGCAGAGUGGUGCUGCUGAGAUCGCCGGUGCUCUAAAACGCUCACCUUUUCUUGCCACAAUAGUUUCAGGUAUAGUUGACUCAAGCAUCAAGCGUGGAACGCAAAUUAAAGCUCUUGAGAUGGUUUAUACAUUUGGGUUGGAGGAUAAGUUUCCACCUUCUUCACUUCUAACUUCAUUCCUAAGGAUGAGCAAGGAGUCAUUUGAGAAGGCAAAACGAAAAACCCAGUCACCAAUGGCAUUUAAAAAAGCCAUUGAAAAACAGUUAGCCGCGUUAUCGUCAGUGAUGCGGUGUUUGGAGACUCACAAGCUAGACCCCACCAAAGAAGCACCAGGGUGGCAGAUCAAAGAGCAGAUGGUCAAGCUGAAGAAAGACGCUCGUCAGGUCGACAAACAGAUGGAGGAGCAAGCAAGAUCCAUCAGUUUAAUGGAGGAAGCUGAGCUCACCAAGAGAUUGUAUAGCCAACAACAACAGAUGAAACGUCCGAGGUUAUCAGACAUGGAAAUGCCAACAGCACCAGUAGCUUCCUCGUCCUACUCUCCUAUAUACCGUGAUCGAAGCUUUCCUAGCCACAACAGAAACGAGGAUAGAGAUGAAAUAUCAGCUCUUGUGAAUAGUUACCUCGGCCCUUCAUCAUCUUUUCCUCAUCGCUCAAGUCUCAGGAGAUCCCCUGAAUAUAUGGUUCCUCCUUCAUAUGAACAACUGCACUCAAGUUCUUACACUUCGGUUCAAAGACGGCACUCUCCGGUUCACGAACAGAGGCUUCCUCGAGAGUACUCUCCUCAAAUACCUUAUGGUAUACAAAGGGUUUACAGACAUUCACCAUCUGUUGAAAGAUACUUGGGUUUGCCUCAUCACAGGUCUCCUCGCAACUCAUCACAAGACAGCAGAGGAGGAAUGUAA